AUGUGUGGAACUCGCAGGCCCAACGGCGACGGCGCUCAUCUCUCCGCCAUGGCACGCAACCUCUCCAUGCAGGAUCCUGUUAAACAUUCAACGGCUACAAUGAGCGACGAGCACCCUUUCGUGCACGACGAUCUAGGACCAGAGACCCCUCCUGUGCCGCGCGCAGAUGCUUCUCACUAUUCUGAAGCCGACGAAAAGCGACUGCACGAAUCCGACGGUCACUACUGGGCUCAUAGACGCAUCUCCUCCUCUCAUCAGAAUUCUCCAGCCAUCGAUAUUCCCUCUCGUCUCCAAGCCUCAUUCACUGCUGACUCGCAAAACGAGCUCGAACCCACGUUUGCUUCCACCUCGCUCGCCGAGAGAUCCUCGGUCUUUUCUUCGGGCUCACUCCAGGAAGACCGACGUUCCAACGCCGAUCUGGACGUCUCCGGAGAUGGAACUCACGUGCCUCCUCCCAACGUCGCUACCAUCUUUCAUGACACUCAACCCGCUCAAGGCUCGGUCCCCAAGCACAGCAACCUCCAGGCCGCCAAGGACAUCAAUCAUUUUGCAGCAUCCCCCGCUGAAGCUGCUGCCGCCGCUGCUGGUCUCGGCGCGGCUCCUCAUGCUCCUCUGGGAAAUGCAGUCAACGGCGAUCCUACACAUCUCAGUGCUUCCAAUGUCGCCGUUCACUCCGAACUUUCUGGUGAGCUGCGCGCCCUCUACACCAGCUUGCAGACCUGCCUCGAGCUCAGAGACAAGUACAUGGGCGCUAGUCUUCAGGGCGCAUUGGAAGACAAUCCUAAGAAUUGGGACGCUGAGUACUGCGCUCGUCAGGCGGCUGUCAGCGGCGACGUUACACCACGAACGGCAUCCGGUCCCGUCGCUGAGGGGACCAUCCAGAUCGACGGUUCAUCCUGUGACUCGGAAUCGAGCAAGCCUAAGCCCUGGCGCAUCUAUCCCGCGCCGCCGCGUCCCCAUUGGGAACUCUUCAAUCCUCCACCUGCAUCGUCAUUCGUCGUCCGUCCCACAUCGGUCAACCCUCUACCGCCACCCAUCCCUCCUGCCAGUCCCGCCAAUGCCCAAGCCGCUCAGGCGCUCCUCGAAAGCACCGGCGGCAAGCCUGGUCUCUACCGCGAACAGGACGUCGUCAUUCCUUCCGAGCACACACGCAACGGAUCAGCCGUCAGCUGGCGCAUGGACGAAACCGGUGUGAUCCAGGUGUACGAGGGCGAAGCUCCUGCAGCCUUGUCAACUCCGACACAGAGCGUCGACGAGCCAGCACCCGCAAGUACACCUACUGGCCCCAGAAAGGAGCCCCUAUUCCGCAUCCCCACCAUUCGAGAGUAUUUCAAAGAUCUCGACUACCUCCUCGGCGUCAUCUCUGAUGGACCCGUCAAGAGCUUCGCCUGGCGCCGACUCAAGUAUCUCGAGAGCAAGUGGAACCUCUACUUUCUCCUCAACGAGUACCGCGAGCUCGCAGACAUGAAGCGCGUCCCUCAUCGUGACUUUUACAAUGUCCGUAAGGUCGACACUCACAUUCACCACAGUGCGUCGAUGAACCAAAAGCAUCUUCUCCGCUUCAUCAAGGCCAAGAUCAAGCGGUUCCCCGACGACGUCGUCAUCCAUCGUGAUGGCAAGGACCUUACCUUGCAGCAAGUGUUUGAAUCGCUCAAUCUCACUGCCUACGACCUUAGCAUCGACACCCUCGACAUGCACGCUCACCAGGACGCUUUCCACCGUUUCGACAAAUUCAACCUCAAGUACAACCCCAUGGGAGAGUCGCGUCUCCGUGAGAUCUUCCUCAAGACCGACAACUAUGUCAAGGGACGCUACCUUGCCGAGCUCACCAAGGAAGUCAUGACCGACUUGGAGCAGAGCAAGUAUCAGAUGGCAGAAUAUCGUCUCUCCAUCUACGGCAGGACAAGGGGCGAGUGGGACAAGCUCGCCAGCUGGGUUGUCGACAACGGCCUCUUCAGCCCCAACGUCCGAUGGCUCAUCCAGGUCCCUCGCCUGUACGACGUCUACAAGGCCAAUGGCACCGUCGACAAUUUCGAGCAGAUCAUUCGCAACGUCUUUGAGCCGCUCUUCGAAGUCACGCAGAACCCCAAGAGCCAUCCCAAGCUGCAUGUCUUCCUGCAGCGCGUGGUUGGAUUCGAUCUCGUCGACGACGAGAGCAAGCCCGAGAGACGUGUCCACAAGAAGUUCCCCGUGCCAAAGCUGUGGGACUUCAAGGACAGUCCGCCUUACAACUACUGGCUCUACUACAUGUUUGCCAACAUCUCGAGCCUCAAUCAGUGGCGAAAGCUGCGCGGCUUCAACACGUUCGUGCUGCGACCUCAUGCCGGUGAAGCGGGUGAUACGGACCACAUGGCGGCUGCCUUUUUGACAUCGCAGUCCAUCUCGCACGGCAUUCUCCUUCGGAAGGUGCCAGCGCUGCAGUACCUCUACUACCUCAAGCAGAUCGGUCUGGCCAUGUCGCCGCUGAGCAACAACGCGCUUUUCCUGUCGUACGAUCGCAACCCCUUCCCCAACUUCCUCAAGCUCGGCAUGAACGUCUCGAUCAGCACCGACGACCCGCUCCAAUUCCAUCUGUCCAAGGAACCGCUGCUGGAAGAGUACUCGGUUGCGACGCAGAUUUACAAAUUGACUCCAGCAGACAUGUGCGAGCUGGCUCGCAACUCGGUCUUGCAGUCAGGAUGGGAGAUGGAGAUCAAGCGACACUGGUUGGGACCCAACUUCCAGCUGCCGGGUCCGAGGGGGAAUGUUGUGGCCAAGAGCAAUGUUCCGGACAUUCGUUUGCGUUUCAGGGAGGAGACGCUUCGGGAGGAGCUGGAUCUCGUCUGGCAGAAUCAGGCGCCCAUGCCUUGA